GAUUACGAGUAAAGCCCGCCCAUUUUGUGCAGAGUUCCAAGAUAUUUUGACAUUUGUGUUUUGUGUUCUAAAACAAAUAAGCGAAUUGUUGAUGCAUGCAUGCCACUGUUUCAAUCAACAAACCAAUCGACGAAAAUAUUGUGACCACGAUGACUACGACGAAUCCGGAUGCUGGAACGAAAGGGGAGAAUAACGCUCCUCAGAACAUGGUCACCGUAUCGAAUGUAGCCGAGAUAUUCCAUGCAGCUGGCUACGCAUUCAAAAAACUAAGUGAACUAAUCCAAUCAAUGGAUCCACCAACAAACGAUCCGAAUCCAACGAAUGCAACCACCACCAAUGGUGGCGAAACUGAUUAUCACACACAUUGGGAACCGGCCGAUGUUGAACAGUUCAGUUCCAUUGUUACCGUUUUCACUCAAGACCUCAACCAAUUGGCCGAAAAUUUGAAAACGAAAAUGGCCAAUCGUUUGCGCGAAGAACACGUGGAAACCAAGAUGCAGUCGUUGUCAUCGAAACAACAGGAAUUGAUUCAGCCCACCACUAAUCCGCCGUCCACAUCCACAUCAUCAUGAUAAAGUCACAUUAAUUUAAACUCAUAAAAUUGUCAUUUCUGUAUUACAUUUAAUUACAAUAAUAAAAUGGAAUAAAAAAAAAAUUCACCAACAAUCAA